CCUUCGUCUUCCUUUUCUCUCAACCACAGACGAAAGCUUUUCCGAUUUCGUUUUCUUCUUCUAGAUCCUCUUCUUCUUCUCUCUUAUCUUGUUUCACUCGAUACUCUUUCAUCUUCUUCUUCUUUCGUCUUCACUCGUUUCUCUGGAUACUCCUUGAAUCCGAGAAAUCCACCGUGAAUCUGAGGAAUCCGCCGUGUCUUCUCCGCUGUGUGUGCUCUUUGUUGGUUUACAAUGCCUAUUACCAGAAGAGGAGCUUCUAGUUUUAGAAGUGAACCAUCUUGUUCUAGAAGUGAAAAAUCUACCGAGCUUAGAAGUCCCAAAAGACAAAAGCAAUCGAAUCCAAAGCAUUCAGAGAUAGGAGCUGCAGUGGAUGAUGUCAUGGAAGAUCAAGGAGUCGAACCAUCUCCGGAGAAUGUCGUGUCUGACCAUGAGGAAAUAGAGGAGAUGGAUGAGGAUGAGGCUUUACCUCUUCAGCCUGAGAGUUUUUUCUUUAGUCCUGAGGAGUAUGAUAAGACUUUGAAGAUAUCAACAAGGUGUACCAUUGGUAACACGCUGGAUGCCAUUAGUGUGAAGCUGAGUGACAAAGAAAUGAAGUGGUUUAGAGAUGAGAAGCAGUUCAAGCACGUCUUUCACUUGGUUAGGAAAGGGAAAAAUAAGCUGCAAGGUAUGUUAAUGCUUCUUAUGCGGACUGCUUCAACACAGAAGAAGAGGGAAAGCUGGUUUGUGGUGAAUGGCGUUCCAAUACGCUACUCGAUGAGGGAACAUGCUUUGAUCACUGGAUUUGACUGUCAUGACUAUGCAUCAGAUCAUAAUGCAAACAAUUUUGGUAGUUAUGCCUUUGUGGAGAGGGUCUUUGGAACAAGAAGUGUAACAGUGAGCGAUGUGGAAAAUAUGCUAGAGUCAAUGGAAGGUGUGUGUGAUGGAGAUCGAUUGCAGGUGGCGGUCUUAUUCUUCUUAUGCACGAUAAUAAGAGGAGGGAGAAGGUAUAAUAGCAUACCUCCAUUUAUUUUGAAGAUAGUGAAUGAUUUGGAAGAGGUUAAAAAGUUUCCUUGGGGGCGGCUUACUUUUGAAGACACUAUGUCUAAGAUUGAUCGCUUAAUGAAGAAGCGGUUAAAUGGCAAAGUGAAAGCUGACCAUUUGUUUGCCGGGUUCAUAGUUCCUCUUGAGGUUUUGGCGUUUGAAUGCAUUCCUAAGCUGUCCAAACAAUUUCAAGAAGGUGUAAUAGGCGCAAAUGAUGGAUGUCCACGGAUGUGCAAGAAGAAAUUUAAAGACAAUGGAAUGACAGGUUUUCCACUUGAAGAAGUCAACCAAGCGCUUGGAACAACUAAGGACAUAAUUAGUAUCCUCCAACCAUCAGCGGUUGAGGAAGGUCUUUUGCUGGAGAUUAUGGAACGAGCUGAACCCGAGGAUUCAUUGGACCCUAUUACAGAUGCGUGGCGUCUCGACGUACAACAGAAGAAGAUUUGUUGGGAGGAUCUUCAUAAGGUUGAUGUGUAUUAUCGAGGAUGUGGAGAGGGACAUAUUCCAGCAGCUUCACAUAGGGAAGAGCCGCAACAAAGGUUGCCAAAGCUAUGA